AUGACGGACGCUCAAUUCGACAUGCGAUCUGACCGAGUGUGGUAUUAUCAAAUGGAUGACCUUUCAGACGAUCGAGAUCUCGUUGACACACAAACCACCUUAGGCUAUCUGGGAAAGCUAAAUAUGGAUGCUGAAUACAUCUCGGCAUCUAGCGCUUCGAAAUCCAGCUCUGAUCUCCCCACCACACCCAAGACCCAGUCAGUUGCUGUGAUUAAACAGCCCCAAAGCGGUUACAAACACUGCUGGGGAGAUUGGGCUCAUUGGAAGCGACUCCCGAUAGGAAUGAGAUAG